AUGGCAAACUCAGUUCCGGAACGCCAUGAAAGAGGAAGCGAAAUAAGACUAAGCGACAGACUUAGCAACUUGUCAGAUGAUUUGCUUCGACAUAUUCUCUCUUUUCUUCCAACCAAAGACGCCAUUGCCACUAGCCUCCUGUCCAAGAGGUGGAUGUCACUGUGGAUUGGAUUGCCCAUUCUUCACUUCGAUGAUUCAAGCUUUCGUUCUUCUGAAUCUUUCUUCCAGUUUGUGGAAUGUGCGUUAAAAUUCUUCCCCAAUUUCAACCACAUCCAGAUCUUUCGUCUCAAAGGUAGUGGAAUAAAGUUUGGCACUCGACCUGAUAAGAUUAUAAGUUGGGUUAAAGAAGUGAUUAAUAAGCUCAAUGAGCUCCAAGUUGAUGAACUUGAGCUUUGUUUUACAUCUUGGUCUAGUAUUAGGUUGGCCUCCAGCAUUUUCAAUUCCAGUACAUUGAAGGUUUUAAGAUUGAAAGAUGUAAAAGUGGACACUCUUUCUUCUGUGAAUUUGCCCUCCCUUAAGGUUUUGCAUUUGGAAAGUGUUAUGUUUCUAGAAUUUAGAUGUUUGGUAAUGCUUCUUGCUGGGUGCCCACUUCUUGAGGAAUUGAAACUAAGUUCAUUUGCUCUAUAUUAUUACAAUCAGAAGACAAUUGGCAUUUAUAGUCUUGAACAUUAUUUGGUCUCAUCAAAUAAUCCUUCCUCGUCAUUUCUCGUUACGUUAAAGAAGUUCUGUGUUGAUCAAUUCAAAGGAUUGGGAUGUGAGUAUGAAGUUGUAAGAUUUAUUAUGGAGCAUGCAAAAGCUUUGAGGGCGAUCUCUGUUACUUGUCGUGCAAGCGUGAACUCCUCAAUGAUGCUCAAAAAGUUAUACUCGUUGGCCAGAGGAUGUGAGGAUUGUAGAUUUCUAUUUCAAGUCUUGGUUCCUCGUAUGAAAAAUUGGUCCAUUGUUAUAUUCCAGUCAUGUGAUCGAUCGAGGAUAAGUCAUUAUUAA